UUCCUUUCUCCUGCGGUCACUCCGCUUCGAUGGACAGACUUUUUCUCUGGCGAAUUCUCUCCGGCAGACUCCCUCCGGCAACCUGAAAAAUGUACCAGUGCGUUAAAAAGUGUACCAAUCUAUUAGUCUAUUGGUAAUUAAUAUACCAGUGCUAGUGGUACGCUACUAGUGCGUUAAAAAAUGUACCAGUGCAAGUGGUACACUACCAGUGCUAGUGGUACGGUACCAUUACCACUUGUAGCGGUACCAGUACCAGUAUCACUGGUAGCGGUACCAUUGCCACUGGUAGCGUACCACUAGAGACUAGCACAAAAAAAUCAGAUCUGAAAUAUGAAAAAUCACAGAUCUGGAAAAUAAAUAGGGAUGAAGAAAGGGGGAGGCAGGAGAGAGGCGGUGACCUCGUGGCGACGGUGGUGGUGGGAGACAGAGGGCGGCGGGAGGGUUGCGACGACGGUGGUGGUGGGAGGCCAUUGCGGCGAUGGUGGGAGGAGGAGGCCGCGAUGGCUGCGGGGCGAGGGACGUGACAGUGCUGGGAGGUGGAGGGCGCGACGACGGGAGGGCUGCAGCAGUGAUGAGAGGCGAAGGGCGUGGCGGGUCGGCUGCGACGACGGUGGUGGCAGCUGAUAGAGAGAGAGAGGGAAGAGAUGGGAGGAAGAAGAAGAACAGGAAGAAGAAAGAUGGCAUGAGAGAGAGAGAGAGGAAAGAGAGAGUGUAGGGUUUUAGAUAUUAAUAGGGGUAAUAAUCUAGUGUGGUCAAU